AUGCAAUUGAAGAGAAAAACGAUGGAAUCGAACGCGAAUACUAAAAUUUCCGAUUCAGGAUACUCGAACAGUUGCAGCAACACGAACUCCCAAAGAAGCGCAAGUUCAAAAUCAAUUCACAGCGAGAGCAACUCCAGCGGCAGCAGCGGCUACUGUGGUGCCACAAAUCCCACCAGCAGCGUUCAUACGGGCCCUCAACCGCCUAAGCGCAGCAAAGAUAAAGACCACAAGAAGAAGAGAAUCAAAUCCGCGAAUUUGGUGUCGACGUUAACGAGCAUUGCCGGUUCGACGUUGAGUUUGGCGCCCAGCGAGACAGUCAACAGUUCCAGCACGAAUUUAACGGAAGUUUUCACCGAACCGCUAGUCGAUUUAAAGCAAACUGCACCUAAAACAGUCGUCGAAGUCGCUGUGAACACAGAACAAAUCAACGAGGACUUCUCCGAAGAGCCUCCAGUUUCAACAGAAGUCGAAGAGACAUCAGCAGAGCCCCCGCAGCUCGAUGAGGAACUGGCCGUGGCCUCCUGCCCGAUCUGGGGCAGCGAGGACAAGGAGAACGAGCAGCCGGAGAUCGAAGUCCCGCCGAAGGAAAAGACCGUGGAGCCCAACAAGGCCCAGCCCCCCUACCAGCCUGAGGACGGAUUUUGCUGCGUGAUAUCGAUGUACGAUGGGGUCGUGUUGUACACGACUCCGAGCUUGACCAGCGUUUUGGGGUUCCCGAAGGACAUGUGGCUGGGGCGGUCUUUUAUAGACUUCGUGCAUCCGAAGGAUAGGGAGACGUUUUCCAGCCAGGUUACUACGGGAAUCGCGUUUCCUUUGGUGGAUUCCGAGGGAAAGUACAAAGAUUACAAAAAUUGCCUGUACGUGUGUUUGCGCAAAUACAGGGGCUUGAAAUCGACCGGCUUCGGCGUCGUCGAUAAGGCCAUUUGUUAUCAAGCCUUCCAAUUGACUGUUAAGUUCAAACACAUUACUGAUGCACCUGAGACUAAAUAUUUAGAAAACAACAGCGGCAUGUUCCUAGUAGUCGCCGCUGUUCCCGUUGAUUCUUCAUACAAAGUCCCGGAGGAAAAGCGGAUUUCCCCGAAAUUCGGCAUGCGACACACCGCCGCUUGCAUUUUCAGCCACGUCGAUCCGGACGUGGUGACGAAUUUCGGAUUUCUGCCCCAGGACAUGUUGGGAAAGUCUAUUUUUGAUUUUUAUCACCCCGAAGAUAUGCCUUUUCUUAAAGAAAUUUACGAAUCUGUGAUGAGAAUGUGCCAAAUAGCAGGAUCAGUCUUUCGUAGUAAACCCUAUAGAUUCGCCGUACAAAACGGCACCUUCGCCAAAAUCGAAACGGAGUGGUCCAGCUUCGUGAACCCUUGGUCCAGACGAUUGGAAUUCGUCAUCGGCUUCCACAGGGUUAUCGAGGGACCCCUAAACCCCGACAUUUUCGAACCCCCUACCGACCAAGUGACCAGACACUUGUCCGAAGAAGUCCUCAAAGAGAGCAAAAUCAUAAGAGGAGAAAUAUUAUUACUCCUAAACAAGGAGUUGCCGAGACCCAAUGAAUCGGUGAAACACGAGGUGUCGAAGCGUUGCAAAGACCUCGCCAAUUUCAUGGAGUCGCUGAUGGAGGAAGUGACUAAAACGAAAAACCUGCAAUUAGACUUACCCCAAGAGAUCGAUCCGACCAUCUCGGUAAGUGCGAAGAGAACGGAACGCGACUCCGUCAUGCUGGGCGAAAUAUCGCCGUACCACGAUUACUACGACAGUAAAUCGUCGUCGGAGACGCUGCCCAGCUACAACCAGCUCAAUUAUAACGAGAACCUGCAGAGGUUCUUCCAAAGCAAACCCAAGACCACGGUGUCCGAGGAGAGCAGCAACGCCCAAGGCGAGACCGACAUGGAAGUCAAAGUCACCCAAGAAACUAACCAAAAAUGUUUGUCUCCUGUACAAAACAGCGGGGCUUCGGGCAGCGGCAGUGCGGAGAACCUGAGCUCUGUUAGUAAUCCGAACAUCGAAAGCGGUACCACCAGUAACACCAAUACCACUACGAACGCGGAUUCCUACAAGCCUCCUUUACUCACCGAAUCCUUACUAGUCAAGCAUAACGAAGAUAUGGAGAAGAUAAUGCUGAAGAAGCACCGCGAGCAAAGGUCUACAGUGAAAGAUAGCAAGAAAACUCACCAUAAAAGCGAGAAGAUGAACAAUACUGAUAGAAAUGCUUUCGGGCAGAACGAACAGUUUUUGGCCAAUUAUGCUCAUGGUAUUAAACGCAGCGGGACGCAUUCACAGGACGGGGAAAAUCACAAAGUAUCGAAACGCGCUACUAAUUCAAAAGAGGAAUCCAACGUUAACAUGUCUUCACCAACUAAACCCAUUAACAUCCAUAGCCACCAACAGAACCCUACCAGCAUGCAUUACACGGAACAACCCAUUUAUCAACCAGCGAUAAACGAUAUAAACUUGUGGCCUCCGUUCUCCAUGACCGUCACCAACAUGAGCAACACCCAAACCACCACCAUGAACACAAUGCUAGGAAGCCCCGGAGGACCCGGUGGACUCGGAGCAGGAAUGUUUCCUUUUUACUACAUACCCACUCCGCAACAGAGAACCAUACCCGGUCAUUUCAGCGAUCCCGUUUUGCACGGUUCCCAGUAUCAAGGUCCACAAUUUCCCGCAACAGUCCAGUACAUGCCGGCCAGCAUGAUAUGCGGCUACAACAGCAUCUACACCCCGUCGCCGUUCAUCUGCUCGACGGUGCCGGUGCUGCCGCUGCCGAUGGUGCCGCCGUCCAUAGCGCCGCUGACCGCCGCGGCGGCGGAGGUGCGCCCGCUGGCCGCCCUGCACCCGCUGGGCGGCGGCGCGCCCGCCGUCCCCGUGCCGGUCGAGCACAAGCUCAACACGCCCCGCACGCCGCUGCAGUUCCAGCGGCCCGCCUCGCAGGCCACCUCCGUCAAAGCGGAGCCGGGCAGCUUGCUGGGCUCCAUCGCGUCCGCCAGCGUCGCCAACAAAGCUCUAUCAGAGUGUUCUAGAAAGGAUAUGUGGCUUCAAUCGGUUUGUUUGCCUAAUUCGCCGUUGGUUAGUCCACCAGAUGGCGAAAUGGAAGAAUUUCAAACGAACAAGCCUCUGGAGCCGGUACAUGUGGUGAAAAAGCCCGAAUUUCGAAACAACAUCGACGAAUCGAGCAGUUGCUACUCAUCAUCGUAUUCGUCGUUUUUGAAAACGGACGGUGGGUCCGGAUCUAAUGACGAUUCCAACGCGGUGGAGAGCAAAUCCAAACGACAGGACGAGAGCGCCUGGAAGAGCGAGAAGGGUUCCAUGAGAAAUAAGGAUCCGCCGUGGUUGGAGUCUGUGAACGUUUCUCCAGAUUUGAUCUACAGGUACCAAGUUGCCGUAAAGGAUCUCGAAGACAUCCUCGCGUCCGAUUUGAAUUGCCUCAAGGAAUUUUCUCAGCCUGUUCUUGUAAAUGACCAGCUGAAGCAAUUGUACGUUGAUAUGGAGCUGCAGGGACUGUCGAAGAAAUUAACACUUGAAGAAGGGAUUACUUCAAGCAGCAGCAGUGAUGAAAAUUCCAUGAAUUUAACAAAGCCAAAGAAGAAGCGGAAAUCCUACAGUUCGUUGGUGAUGAUUUACGAAGAGAAUGCCCCAUUACCUUCUCCCGUGGAUCGCCGCAAUUAA